AUGCUUAAAGAUUUUGUCCGAUUUAUAAACUGGUGUGGCAAAUGUCAGAUAUUCUCACUAUUCAUCCAUACCCUGGCGAUAUUGCUCCAUUCCGUAGUAUCCCCAUGGCCUUUUUAUCAAUGGGGAAUGGACAUACUUGGGCCCUUCCCGGUGGCACCAGGACAACUAAAAUUCUUAUUUGUCGCGGUUGAUUAUUUCACCAAAUGGGUGGAGACAGAAGCCAUGGUCCAGAUCACAGCUAAAAGGGUGAGACAUUUUUUACUUGAGGAAUAUCAUUUACAGAUUUGGGUUACCCCGGGUUAUCAUUUCAGAUAA